GGAAGUCAUAAAUGAGUCUUACAUGCACAAUGUACCUAAAGGCGCGGAAACUCAUUUUAAAGUUGUGGUAGUGUCCGAUCUGUUCGAUGGACUAGCCCUAAUCAAGUGAUUUGUUUCGUUGAGUGAUAAAAGAUAACAUGGAUAUGGAUAUUUAUGGAGAGGAUAUGGAUUUGAAGACCAACGCCAAAUGUUUGAAGAAGCUGCCCUUUACAUCUGCAGAAAGGGAGCUGAUAGUUGAAUUAGUAAGAGAGCGACCAAUAAUUGAAGACAAAAGAACACAUGUGAAAAACAUUGAACUCAAACGAGAGGCCUGGCAAGAAUUGGCAGAAGUGUUCAACAGUCAGCCAUUUGUUUCUCAGAGAUCUGCUUUACAAUUGAAGAGGUGCUGGGAAAACAUAAAAUCAAUUAGGAAAAAGGAGCUCUCCCAGAAGAGGAAUAUGAGCUCACAUGAUAGUCAAUCUGAAGGUGACACUAAAAUAGAACCAGAGGUGGUGCAGCCCCGUAAGAAAUGGUGCUCUAUAAAUAGUCAACUGCAACAUGACCAGGUUUUACACGACUUAAAGUGCACCAGAGAAAUGAUAGUUAUCGAGCGGGAGAAGAAUUUAUUAGAAUUUGAAAAGGAAAGCCACAGAUUACAAAUUGAAAAACUUAAACUGGAAAUAGAUAUUUUAACAAAGAAAAACUCUUGAAAUGAUAAAACAUACAUACAAUCAAGUAUUAAAUUUAAUCCAGAAAACCCCCACACUUGUGAAUGUAUGGUGUGUGUUGGUUGACCCUGACAUUGUGACUGAAAAUCUUCCAGCUUAAUUAUCACACCUGGAACUGUCUUCCAACACCAUGAUCAAAGGAAACAGAAUAACCUAGGUGGAUCCAAUAAAGCUGAUUACCAAGAUUUACUUCCUACUUACUAUCUUUUUUUUUUUUUUUUUCGCUGGGAAAUGCGUUUAGGCAUCCCUGCCGGAGGCUGCGCAGCCGGACUGCGAAGCCUCCAGCAGAGUAUGUGGGACUCACUGGCUGGUAAAACAUCAGCCAGAAUACCCACUAAAAGCCAGCGGAGCCGCCUGCGCCCAAGUUGGGCGUCAAAGGAUCGCGGUCGCAUGCAACUUUGACGCCCCGGCGCGCCCGCCGAAGGUACACGAUGGUGUCUACGGGGGCGGCAUAAGAUGCGCAUAUCUGCGCCUCCUGCCGCCUGUUCUCCUUCUGCGGAGGGGAAGAGCAUCAGCCGCCUACUCUCUCUCCCUCUCUGAGGCCUCCUUUAACGCCAUUACGGCUCGUCACCAUCUAUACCAACUUGUUUGGUUCGGUUUCGGGCUUAUUCUAGCAUUGCCUGGUCUUGAGAAUCCAACUUUAUGAGUCUAUUGGCACCCAGGUCUGCUCACGAUGUCUAUUCAAUGCUUUCUAGGAGUUAUAACUCGCAGCAGUUUUUUUUUCGGAUUGUAUGUAGAUGAUUAACCCUAAUAAUUUUAACAGCGUAACGCCGGCUUGUUGGCGAGCCUCCGAAUGGGGCUCUGCCAGGAAGAGUUUGAAUCCUAGGGCUCGAAGAAGCGACGGGAUCGUCGGUCAGAGGACGCCUCAUGUGAGGCCGAACCCCGGCACAGGCGACGAUUGGAGUGAAAGGGUUACGGACGGUGAUUAGUCCGCACGCUUCCGAGAACGUGCUGCGAAACCACGUCCGGAUGACGUUAGAAGUCGGGGGCCUCGUCUUCGACGGCGAAGACGCUGUGCAGAGGUUGAUUGUGUGUUCUGAUAGGGAGACUUAUAGCUCCAGCAACGAUGAGGCACGAAGCAUCUGUUAACAACGUAACGUUGUGGUAUCUGUGCAACAUGGCUAUAUCAUCUGAGAUGUUACUUACUGCAACUUAUUUCCAAUGUACACCUCCCGAGACCAAUCCAAAAAACACAUGCAGUGAGUUGUUGACUUGUUCUGGUCUCUGGUCACUUGAUGUCUACCAUAUUAAUGCACUGUUAUAGGAUUAACAUAGUGUAAGAAACCUUAAGUUGAUUAGACUAGCGGAAGUAUGUCCAUCUUCAGAAUCAGACAAGCUGAUAAUCUUAAAUGGCUGGACCAUAUGUCAAAAUACUGACUACGUUUGGCUGACUAAAAAUCUGUGGUUGUUAAACUUUCAGGCAUUGUUAAUGCAACAGUCUAAUGCACAACUUGACAUUUUUGCAAAUAAAGUAACAAUUACAAUAUGGAAA